AUGGGUGUACAGGGACAGCGCCAUAUGCGCACGAGGGGCUUGGCUCAACUCGCGCAACUUGCGACAAGCGCGAGGCGAGUGCGGGCACUGGGCCCUGAGCAUUGCUCGGGGGGCUUAUCCUACAUCCGAUUCCCCGGGGGGACAAACAACAAAAACCACAACCAACAACAACCUCAUCGGAAAAGAAGACGGUCAACAAGAACAAGAACAACAACAACAACAACAACAAGGAUGAACGAAACAGUCCAACAACAACAACUGCACUCAUUCUGCUUACCAGAAGAACUGAUCAGCUCACUACAGACUAUCACUGCCGAAACCAACUACUACCAACCACAGGAGCAGUCAACAAGCACAAUAGAAGAAGAAACCCAUCAGGAAAAUGAUAACCUACUCAGCUUUAGCUGUACGGUCUGUAAUAGCAACUUUGACUCAAAUGAAUUACAACGUCAACACUUCAGAUCAGAUUGGCAUAGAUUUAACCUCAAGCUAUCCACCAGAUCAACCAGUCACAAGCCGAUCGACCAAGCCAAAUUCACAAACAUGCUCGAAGACCUACAAGACUCACUCAGCGGAUCAGACUCAGAAUCAGAUUCUUCGAAUGAUUCAGGAGAUUCAAACCCAGAUGACAAGAAUCAAAACCAUCAAAAACUUGGCUUCAAGUCAUCCAAACAGUUCAAAGAAUCUGCUUCAACUAUCAAUCUCGAAGAUAGAUUCCAGGAAUUGAUCUCCAUCUCCGAAGAACCAUCACUUGACUCAAAGGAACCGAUCAGAUUAUUAUCCCCAUCAAGUCCCUUAAUCUGGUUUACCGCGUCCAAUCUAGAGUCUCCCUCAGAAGACGACCCGAUCGUCCAGCUAGGAUUCUACCGCUCCAUCUUCCCCAACAGCUUUUCAUCACAGGAUCGCUCCCUAGCCCAGGAGCAAGACCAACAACAACAACAACAAGCUGAUAAAUACAAAGCCGAACUCAAAGCCCUCCAACGUCCCUUCCUAGCCUCAGACUUCACCCCUCCUGCAACACUCGAAAUUGACUCUCGAGCGUCCCUUCCAACUUGGACUAUCCUCAUGAUCGGUGGCGGUCACUUUGCGGCUAUGGUCAUCUCUACUAUCCCUAAAUUAAGACACAUUGGUAAAAAUAAAUCACCUGAAAUCGAACCCGUAAUUUUACUUCAUAAAACUUUCCAUCGUUAUACCACCAGAAGGAAGCAAGGUGGUGGUCAAGCUAGUCACGAUGCGGGUGGGAAAGGUGCGGCUAAAUCAGCGGGAGCAAGUCUGAGAAGAUACAACGAGCAAACUCUUUUCCAGGAUAUUCAAGCACUCCUCAAAGCCUGGAAUGAGCCCAUUAGUCGAUCUGAUUUAAUCUUCAUUCGGUCUAGUAAAUCUAGCCUCAAAACGUUCUUUAAGAAUAAGGACGAACCAGAUGGAUAUAAACUUACGCGUGGUGAUCCGCGGGUCAGGAGCCUACCCUUUGUCACUAAACGUCCUACAUUCAAUGAAUUGAAGCGAUGUUUUAAUGAGUUAACAAGAGUCAAGAUCAUCAAGACGACCCGUCGGGAGAUGGCCGAGAAGGAGAAGACGAUGCGAGAGAUAUACGAACGAGAGAAAACGCGACGGGAGUUACAACUAGCGAAAAAGUUAGAGCAAGAGGAGCGACAACGGGCCGAGGAGGAACGGAAACGGCAGGAGCGCAUAGAGCAGACGCGAGAGAAGACCGCAGAAGAGAAGGAACAAGAGCUGGAAGAUUCGCGAUGGGAACGAGCGGUGGAGAUGGUGAAGAAAGGCAAACUAGAAGCACUGCAAGAAUUCGUUGAGAAACAUAAUCAGACAGAAUGGUUUGGGCGGGUUCCAGUUCGAGUUUCCGAGAGUACCGACGUGAGCGGGGGAUAUGUCAGUUUGUUACAAUUGGCCUCGAUGGCCGACCAACCGACGAUGGUCGAAUGGAUGCUCGAGAGCGCCGGAAGUGAUCCAACGAUCGUCGGCCCUCGGACCGGUUCCAACAAAGCACAUCUGACCGCCUACGAGCUCGCGCCCUCUCGACUAACACGGAACGCAUUCCGUCGAGCAAUGGCUAAAAACCCAUCCCAAUGGGACUGGAUCUCUAAAGCUAAAGUCCCCUCGGCUCUCACUGAAGAACUUGAGACCAAUCGAAGUAAUAAGAAUAAGGAAUGGAAUAAGAAACUGAAGGAGAGACUUAAAGAACGUGAUCGAGUUCGUGCAGAGAAUGAGAAAGCCCAAAAAGCUAAGCAACUCCAGCAACAAGAAGAGGAACAAGAGAGGAACUCGAAAGCUGGUAGUGGUGUUCAGAAUAAGCUCCCUUCUAGUGUUAAUCGGUUAGGUGGAGGCUCAACUAAUCGAAAGACUCCUGCUGUCGUCUCUAACCCCUUGGCUGGCUUGUCUGAAGAACAACGGAUGCGAUUGGAACGUGAACGAAGGGCUAGGGCUGCGGAAGCUAGACUUAAAUAAUUCAUAUUCGGACUUUUUCUUAUCUCUCUUCCUUGUGUUGUUUUAUGAAUACCAUCUUUUUUUUUUCCUCGCGCGGAUGAACAGAGCGGUCGAUUUCUCUUUUUUCUUUAUUGUAUAUACAGUCAUUCUAAUUUUUCAGAAGAUAGAAUCGUCAGUGUGUUUAUACAUACACAUUGUCUUCUCAGGUAUAUGAUAAUGUAAUACCCUCGCCCACAGUGCUUGUAUUAAGAUAAUUAUUGGAACGCCCGG